CUGGUGGUCAUCACAAGCCCUCCAACACCACCGCACUGCCUACUUCGUCGUCGCCCUAUCGUUACCGCAGCCCGUCGUCGUAGGGGUGGCAGCUGCGAAUCCCCGCGACAGCCCAUCAUUGUACAUCUCGAGGCGCGAGUGGAUGCACCGCCACAAACUCUGCUGCUGCCAUUGCGGAUCAUCUCCGUUACGUUCCGUUCCAUUCCGUUUCGUUCCGUUUCGUCGCGGUGGUUCGUCGUAAUUAUCGUUUAGCGUGUUCCUGUCUCCUCACUCGCUUCCCCGCCGCUGCUUGACCAACAAGCGGUCGGUGUUGUGUGUUUUUGCAUCGUGCGAGAGUGUCCUUGCUACAGGGAUCUUUACUGCGUGGUGGGGCGUUAUCAGUGUGCGUGUGAGCAUUUGUUUUGAAAUUUUUGUUUUAAAUCCCGCGUGGAGUGGACAAGGGCAACCAUCUUGGGACAGUGGACACGACACACCACCACGUCCCUUUGCUCCCCUCGGACCGCAAUCUGCUCUCACUUUCGACAUUACGCACACACACACGCGUGCGUGCGUGCGUUUCGGUGGCGGUCUUUCGUCCUUCAGCCAGCAGUGCAGAGCAGGCUCCUGUGCUCGAAGCAAAAAACGGGGACAACUCGGUGGCGCUGGCGGCACACCACCAUCAGCAACAGCACCACCACCACCACGAGCACGAGCACGACCACACAAAGGCGGAGCAGAGCGAAGCCAGAGGGAACCCCAGAGCCAGGGCGCUCGUGCGAGUUCGAUUAUCAGCCCAACUCCUCACCCUUCCUCCCUCCCUCCCUCCCUCGAGACCAAGAAGCACGAGCGGGCGAGCCAUCUCGAGCCAGGGGGGUUGUGCGGGGUGUCACCAAGCGAACGAACUCGCACCACACCGUCACCAUCGUCAUUGCCAUCACAUCGCAGCAGCAGCAGCAGCAGCAGCAGCAGCAGCAGCAGUCGGGUCCCGUAAGCCACACCAAAGUCAGAAGCAACAAAGCAGGCCGAGCAGCAAUCGAGAAGGCCAGCCAGCCAGCCAGCCAGCCAGCCAGCUAGCCAGCUUGCCAGCUCCGCUCCGAGCACAACGCACACUCUCAGGGUUCGCUCUCGUCGUCAACGUCGACGGGGGUCAGCCAGCGUUCAGUCGGUCGGUCGGUCGGUGUCAGCCCUAAAAUCGGUCCUCACUCACACACCAGCUAGCGCGCCGCCAACCAGCACGCCCAGAGCAGCAGAGCCAGAGCCAGAGCCAGAGCCGCCCCAGCUUACUACGUUGCGUGUGUUGCGUCGUCGUCGCCGUCGUCGCCGUCGUCCGGUCGGUCGGUUGGUCGGUUGGCCCGGUGGUCAGCCCCUCGCGCGCUGCUAGUGUUACUAUUGUUGUUGUUGCUGUUGUUGGUCGUUGGUGGUGGCUUUGCGGUCAUCAUCAAUCGCCGCCCCUUCUGCCACCGCUUCUGCUGCUCUCGUUCAUUCUCGACCGCGACGUCGCCGCCGCGUGUUCAAUUGUGUGUCAAACCGUGAGCGUGUGUGUUGUGUGCCCCCGUGUGUGUGUGUUGUGUGCACCAGUUCGGAAGUAAGUGGCCACGCCGUGGAUCCCGGCGGAUUGUGAGAAAGUAACGCACGCUCUACACUACUCGCCUCUCACUCGCUCUCCCUUUCCGCGUUUCUGUGUGUGUCGUUCCCUGGUAACUGGUAGUUACUCCUGUUGCUAGCCAGCCAGCCAGCCAGCCUGCUGGUGCUUUGAUGAUUUUUGGGUAUCGUUCCCCCCGCGGCGGUGCUGUGGUUCGAAAGUGAAGGAAACGUCGCGUAGUACCGCGGCGGUACCCCAUCUAAGUAACCCUGGUUGUGUGCCAACCAACGGCCCGCACCAAAUUUGCCAUUCGUCUCCCCGUGCUCUGUGAGUGUGUGUGUGUUUGUUCGCUUGUUCGUCGUGUGCCGUGGUGCCACCGUGUUUUUGAUGAGCCAAACGACCGGAAGCGGCCAGAAGAUGGGCAAGAUCUCCGGAAGCCACUGCCUGGUGCUCGGUUGCCGGAACCGGCAGCUGCUGAAUCAAGCCAACACCCGUUCGUACUUCCGCUUUCCGCGCGAUGCCGACCUCUGCAAAAAGUGGGUCGACUUCUGUAACCGGCCGGAACUGUACAAAAAGUACGACGAAAAUGGGCCCGAGUAUCUGUACAAAAGCUCCCGCAUCUGCUCGGACCACUUCCAGCCGAACGACUUCAACAAUCCGAACCUCUACAGCCAAGGACUGAAGAAAGGCUCGAUCCCAACGGUGAAUCCCGCAAGCAAGGAACCGAAAUCGGCCUCGUCCCCACUGAAUGGAGUCACCACGACGGUCACCACCGGCAACGGCGCUGGUGGUGGUGGUGGUGGUGGUGGAAGUGGUAGUAGCAAUGGCACUGGAUCACCGAUCGACGAGAAGCUGUUGACGGCGGCCGUGGCCUCGAUGGCCGGCGGUGGGACUCCGCUGCCCGCCGAGCACCUCUCGCUGUUCUAUGCGGCUGCCAUUGCGGCGGCCGCCCAAGCGCAAGCCGCCGCCAGUAACCACCACUCCGUCCCGCUCAAUCUAAAGCGUACCGCGCCUGCACCAGCUGCUCCAACCACUAACAACAACAGCAGCAGCAACAGCGGCAGCAACCUGCAGAGCAGUGGUGUGACUUCGGCGACGUCGUCUACGACCGCAACGUCGACGACGCCCCCGGCGGCCACUGGUGGUGGUGGUAGUGGCCCGGUUUCGGCCAAGCGUAACCGUGCCGUACCACCACUGGCGACCCCUACCGGUGCCCUCGCCAAUCUCAUCCAGCGCCAGCAGCAGAUCAAGGAGCAACAGCGCAAGGCGGCCGCGGCCGCCGCCGCUAGCCACGCCACUGCUAAACAAUUGUCCAUCACACCGACCACUGGUGGUGCUGGUGCUGCUGGUGUCACGACAUCCGUUACACGCGCUCCUCAUUCGCUCGUUCCGAUCGGUAACACGACGACAACAGCGACGACGACGCCGCCAAGCAACGGUGCUAACGGUGGUGGUGCGGCGGCGGCGGUGGCGCCACCCUCUUCCAAGCGGCUCACGCUCAACAACAAUAACAAUAACGUGAGCAACAACAACCAUCAGCACCAGAGCCAGAAACCAUCGUUGCUGGGUAAACGCAGCUCGCGGGAGGACUACAACGGGAGCGGCAGUGACUACGGUAUCAACAUGAUGGACAUCGACACGCUGAGCGGUGCAGAAUCAUCCGAGGGUGACUCGAGCAAUGGACCAACAUCGGCCGAUGAAGAGUAUGCCGCCUACCGGCGCCAGCUGAAGAAAGUGACCCGUAAGGUGGAGGAGGUCAUACCGCUCGCCCUGAAAUCUCAGCUCACCGUUACACCGGCCAAUCUCGGUAAUAGCGUCUCCUCCACGACGACAACGACAGCAUUGAGCCCGACGAUCGGCAGAUCGGCAACGACGACGAUCAACAACAACAACAUCCACAAUGUGAACGCCAACGGUGGCGGUGCGGUCAGCCCGGACGACAAAGAUGGGGGGCAGGUCGACUACAAGCAGAAGUACGAGCUGACGCUGAAGGAACUGUUCGCCUGCCGGAAGAUCGUGAAGAACCAGAACAAGGCCAUGAAGCAGCUGCAGGGCGAGAUCGACUUCCUGAACCUGCUGCUCAAGGAGAAAUGAUGCGCACAGCCGGGCACCGUCCCCUCCUCCCUCGCUCGCCGUACGCUGCUCCUGCAACACAUUCCACAAGCCACCGUCGGUGCUGCCGCCACCGCCGCCUGGCCUGCCCUGAUGAUGAGGGGGAGUGGUGUGAGGAGUGGAUGAGUGGGAUGAUGAUGAUGAUGAUGAUGAUGAUGAUGAUGUCGAUGAUACUAGGCUUAAGUGCGUACCGGUGACGAUUGGACGGAGUGCCGACGAGCCCAUAAGCGAAAGAGAGAGAGAGAGAGAGAGAGGAAGAGAGAGAAAAAGAGAGAGAGCCAGUAAUGUGUAGCCACACGCUUGGGUGCGUGUGCGCGUGUUUGUGCGUGUGUAAGGAAGGUGAUCGGACGAGGGUCGGGUGGUGAUCGAGCAUGUAGAACUAGAUCGAUAACGUUUAGCUAGGCUAGUCCAAAAGAAACAAGAGGAAGGGAGGGGUAGGGAGGGGGUGGAUUUAUUGUGAGGUCGUUGGGUGGUUAGUUAAUGUAGCGCAGGGGACAACACAAUGCGAUGCCAUACACAGCAGUAUGGCCGGGGUUCGGUCGAUGAGGAUUUUGGGUGUUUCUGUUUCUUUUUUGUUUCACUUUUUGGGCAAACGGAGUAUUAGUAACGGAAGGAGGAGGGGAGUGGAAUAGUGAGAAAAAGUAGCCGUCGAGGUAUAGGAAGGUGUGUCCUUUAAAGCAUGGGUUAUAUUUAAAUUGGCAAGCACCCUAUCAUAGAGAAACAUCUAUUAGAUAAUACGUCUAUGCAAUUUAUGGUAAUCAAUUUUGGGAUAAUUUUUUUUUCGGAUUCGGCGGGGACAGGGACUAGCGUUAAGGGAUAGGGAAGGGGAACCCUUGGCUGUCACUAGGGCGAGGGAAGGAAAGAGAAGGAUAUUAAAACCCUCAUCGGUCGUGUGCGUAUCUGGUGGUUUAAGCACCAACCAGCUACAGCAGCAGCGGUAACAGGACAGAAAGGAAUGUUGAGGAUAUAACUUUGAUAAGCGCGGAACGAAGCGACCUAUCUUUGAUAGGGAACCGCAAUCUCACGUGCAAGUUCUAUCUGUUUCUCUCUCUCUCUCUCUUUCGUUUUGGACAAAAUGAAUAAAGGAAAAAUCCUUAUCCGAGAAUUCACUCUUAGUGCCGCCGCAGAGCAGCAGCGGUACAACAACGUGAUUCUCUUUUGGUUCUCAGACCUCAGGAAGAAACAAUCAGACACAGGAACACAGGUUUCUCAGCGCAAGGCAAGACGACCCCUUGCAGGAAUGGUAGAAAAGUAGCUAGGAAACAGAUUUUUGCCAAGGACAAAAACACAUAAGACUACAAAUAAAAAUCGUAAUCCGGAUCGUCUUUGCAGAGCUCGAUACGGAGAAAGGUGUUGCACGAUUAACGAACGUUACCAUACCAGUGAGAGAGAGAGAGAGAGAGAGAGAGAGCGACACAGCGAUAGAGAAAGUGCUAGUACGGGAUCGUCAGUAGUAGUACACUAGAAAAAGAGAGAGAGAGAGAAAGAUCAGUAGGCUCUACACACCAUAAGUCGUAGAACUCUUGACCCCCGGGAUAUAUGUGCUUGGUGUGGUGGUAUGUGCGUUGCCAUCAUCAUGCCAUUAGGACUGUGAGAGAAGGGCGAGCCAAGGAUGAAAAUGCAAUUAUUUACAAAAGGCCAAACGAGUGGGCGUUAGCGUGCGGUGAACCGGAGGAGAACAUGCAUAUGAAGUUGACUAAGGAGUAAUAAAACAUUAAGAAUCU